UGGAUUUCAUUAUAAGAAGGAGAGGUGAGCUGAAGAGGGGGAGGAGCUUUGUAUAUAACACUAUAUACAGUGCGUGUAUCAUACUAGAUGAUUGACUCACCUUUAACGUGAUCGGUAAAGGCAGGAAAGUGCUUUUCCGCAGAGUAGACGAAAUUACACCUUUGGAUUCGUCCGUGCUUGCGAGUCGAUUCUUUUGAACGAGUCUUCGGUGAAUCGCGACCGGACUGUGCAGAGGACAGCGGUGGCUCCUGCAGCAGUAAGGAACAUUGCGAUACAGAGGGAAAACAGCGCUUCUUCACAUCUCUCAUAAUGAUGAGGAUCAUCUUGCUGUCCUGCCUUUGGGGUCUUCUCUCCCUCUCGCUUGCUCAACAGUCAGACACAGAGGAAGGUGGAGCCGACGAGGAGGUGGUCGAGCUCUUCACUACACCUCGCACUAAACUCAGCGCCGCAACCUCAGACUUCGGCUACAACCUGUUUCGUGCUCUGGCUGCCCAAGACCCAAAGGCCAGUGUCCUUCUGUCUCCCAUGAGCAUCUCAGCUGCCUUCACACAACUCUCCAUGGGAUCAUCUGAGCGUGCGAUGAAGCAGCUGCAACGGGUCCUUCGCUACCACACCCUCAAAGACCUACAGCUACACGACACUCUAAGAGACCUGCUUGCUUACCUCAGAGCCCCUGCCAAGGGCUUCAGCUCUGUAGAGCGCCUCCUGAUAGGAAAGAGGCUACGUCCAAACUUGGAGUACCUCAACAGCAUUGAGAAACAGUACGGCGAACGACCCCAAACUCUCAUGGGCGGAGCUCGGGAGAUCAAGCCUAUAAAUGAUUGGUUUAAACAGAACACAGGGGGUAAAGUGGACCGUGUCCUCGGAACCAGUCUCCCACGUAAUCCAGCAGUGGUGCCUGUCGGAGCAGCCGCUUUCAAAGGAAAGUGGGUAACCAGGUUCAGCCAGGCUGGUAAGAAGGAGGAGUUCCAGCUGGAUGGAGAGGCUCCAACUACCAUUGCCAUGAUGAAGCAGGAUAAUUACCCCGUAAAGUUGGGCAUCGACUCGGACCUUGGCUGCACGAUAGCACAAGUUCCCAUGGAGGAUGGAGUAAGCAUGUACUAUUUCCUGCCAGAUGAUGUGACUAAGAACUUGACUCUGAUCGAGGAAGCACUGACAGCCGAAUUCGUGCAGGACCUGGCCAACACUCUGCAUUCAGUACAGGUUCAGCUCACACUUCCUGUACUCAAGCUGGGAUACAGCACCGACCUCUUUGGCCCCCUCUCCGACGUAGGACUAUCCGAUUGGCUGAGCACCCCAGAGCUUGACAAAAUCACAUCUCAGCCAGUGAAGCUGACCACAGUCCGUCACAAGGUUGUCAUGGAGACGGCGCCGGAAGGUAGCCAGUAUCCCAGCACCCCCUCGACUCGCAACAGCCAGUCCCUUUCUUACAGCGUGAACCGUCCCUUCGUCUUCUUGAUUCGUGACGAGCCAUCGGGCGCGCUUCUGUUCAUCGGAAAGGUACUCAACCCACGUGACCUGGCGAGUGUAUGAAAGCAGCAUACACACACAGAUGCGCACAGGUACAUAACGCCAUGCGUCGCUAUACCACAGAGCUGCAGGCUUCUACACUAACAUCGGGCUUAAGUUUAAUGAACUUUUUCGAAGCUCCAAAUAUGAACACGACAAUGCACUCCUGUGUUUCAACACAUUUACGGUGCAUGAGAAUAGUUCAAGCAAAGCUUACCCAAUACACAAACACGCAAGCAUAAACAAUGAAUACGCACAAAUUCCCAGAAAUCAUUAGCAGCAAGUUAUGAGGUACAAAUGUUUCAUAUUGUGUUUAACAACAGCGUCA